CCCUAAACCUUCUUCUAUAUAUAUAAAUUAUUCACGAUAACAGAUCAACAAAUAUCAAACCGCCGAUAGAUCUUGCAGAAACAGCCAGUUUGUGUAUAUUUAGGAGAGAAGGAAAGAGUGAAUCGGACGGAGAAGAUGGCGGAUCAGUUGCAACGAUCGGCGACGACGUUUAGGAGGUCCGGCUCGUCGGGGCUGGUGUGGGAUGAGAGGUUAAUCUUCUCCGACCACCCGGACCCCGACAAGGAGGAGGCCGAGGUCGCCGGAGAGCUCCGCCACUCGAGAAGCGUCGGCUCCACCGGAAUGAUGGCCUCCAGCCGCAGCGCCGGCGGCGGCUCCCGCCAGGCGCUGCCCUUUCGCGCCGCCGUCGUGCAGCCAGCUACGGAUCCGCCGUCGCCGGAGCUCCCUCGCUGCUGCGGAUUCUUCACCAAGCGAAGAUCCGCAAAGAUCUCCAGGAGGCGCUGACGCAGAAAGUCUCCACACGUCUGGCAAAUUGAGAUCGAAAUUCAAACGCUGAAUAUUAUUAUUACAAAGCUCCAUCAUUUUUCUCCUCUUCUGUUUUUUUUUUCCAUUCGGAUUCAAUUAUGUUGAAUCUUAGCUUGUUUUUGUUUGGCUCAUCUCUUGUGUUGGUAAACACUGAAUUCAACAGCUCGUUCUUUUGUCGUUUGUGUUGAUGUGUAGGCAUGUGCGCUGCUCGAUGGUCAUUGAAUUCGUUUGACCAUAUCGCU